UCAUGCUGCUGCCAGGUCCAGAGUCUCUCAUGGGUCCCUGUACGGCCUCCCAUUGCUGCUGUCUCCAUCGCCACACUCUGCCAUGUGCCACUUUCAGGUCUCCUCACACUGCUGGUGUGUUCAAUUUUUUGACAUAGGGUGCUGGCAGAUUACGGGCCUCCCAUAGCUGCUGCCAGGCCCCUAAUCUGCCAUGGGCCCCUGUACCGCCUCCUCAUGCUGCUGCCAGGUCCAGAGUCUCUCAUGGGUCCCUGUACGGCCUCCCAUUGCUGCUGUCUCCAUCGCCACACUCUGCCCAUGUGCCACUUUCAGGUCUCCUCACACUGCUGGUGUGUUCAAUUUUUUG